AUGGGGGAGUACGAGGGGAACGGAGAGGGUUAUCGGGAGAACUUCGGAGGAGCCUCCUCCCCGCCUCUCCAGCGGCAAACGGCGGGAGCCGACGGAGGUGUCGACGGCAAAUCCCAGGUACGUUUUCUGCACUCUGGAGCUUUUCCUUGUGAAGUAUGAACGAUGGGCUCAGGUGGAGAGUGAUGUUGGCAUGUGAACUUGCUCUCUCGGAGUUGAGAAGAAUGUGAAGUUGUACGGUGUUCAAUUUGAACGAAGGUGUUCUCUUCAUUGUGAUGCCCUAUUCCUAUUUUUUUCUUCUCUUGAAUCUGUGUCCAAUGGUUGCGUUUUUUUCGCGAUUAUCGAUUGAAUACGUUUAUGCCGAAGUUAUAUCUGAUCGUCUCAGGGACUUUUCUAGAAGAUUUUGCUUAUAUUUCUUCAUAAUCAUAUCACUUUAAACUGCUGCGUAGGGUUUAUUGUAGGCGGACCUUUGUGUGUGCACUGGCCUUCUUUUUCGAUCUUCAAGAAUUAGGCUUCCCCUCGAGACUAUAUGUGAGGGCUCUGACUUCACCUGGCAUUUGCAGUAUGACUCUCACGAGUCCUCUAGGAGCAGAGACAAGGAAAAGGAGAGGGAGAAAGACCGGGCGCGAUCAAGGGAUCAUGACAAGGAACGCGAAAGAGAUCGUGGUAGGUCUCGUGAUAAGGAACGUGAUAGAGUGCGUGAAAGGGACAGGGACAAAUAUAGGGAAAGGGACAGAGACAGGGAACGGGAGCGUACUCACAGGGAUCGCCCAGACAGAAGUGAUAGAAAAGAGCAUAGUAGACACAAAUCAGAAGACAAUGAACCUCGCCACAGCCGUGACCGUGAGAGGUGUCCGAUUUACGAUUUGGAUGUCUUAAAUAUCUCCAGCUUAUUGUUUAAUUAGAUUUUGAUCCCUUGAACUUGCUGUGCAAUUUUAGUUUACAUUUGUGAGAAUAAUAUAAUCUUCUGAGACAUUAUGUUUCUUCUUUUUUCUGCUCAUGAAUGUGUUAAAGCGAGCCAUCCUAAUUGUGUUUGAUUUGAUGGAAUCGCGUCAAGGUUGCAUCUCAGACAUGUGUUCGCUAAUUGUUGUUCAAUAUUUGACUUGAUAAUGAGUCACUAUUAUUUACCGGUUUUUUUUAUACUUCCUUUAAAUUUUCUGUAGAAAAACUUGCACUCAGAGUUUUUCUUCAUAUGUCAUCCGUUUUCUUUGCAUGUGUAGAAUUUUCAAGUGCAGAGUAAGUACAGACAGUUAGGAUUGGCUGGAGGUUGUGUAAAUUUAGCGGAUUCGCAUAGAAUUUCAGAGUGUACGUGGGAUUUUCUUAUGACUUCACACGAAAGAUGAAUGAAUCUAUUUCUAUCCUAGUACAUGACGAAGUCACCGUAUGUCCUUGAUAUUCUAAAAGAUGUAUUUAUGGUUACCGUGGAUCCGUAGUUAGAACGAUAAAGUUCUAUGGCUUGGCCUUUGCCUCUCAUGUGUUUAAAAUUCCUAUAUUGUUACAUGUCAUCAUUAUAUUCUGCACCUAAUGUUUUUUCUUACAGACAUAGAGAUGAUGGGACAGAAAGGGAACGACAUAGGCAUAGAUCUCAUUCCCGUUCAAGGAGUAAAUCUGACCGCAGAUCAAGAUCUCGUUCUCGUUCUCGUUCAACGUCUAAAAGGUCUGUUGCAAUGUUUUCAUAAAUUAUGUCUCACAUGCGAAACUUUUGUGAUAGCCUUCCGUGAUCUUAUUGAAAGAUAUCUAAAACCAUCUUACUCUGUGGUACAAAAGGUUUGAUGCCACCCCUGUUAACCCUGAAUUCUGCCGUAAAAAGGUUUUCUCUUACGCUGGGUUUUCAAAGUGACGUUUCAGAAAUCUAUUCUUCUCUUUUUACUUCGAGAUGAUGCCUUUUGACCCCUUAGUUUUCUAUGUAUACCUUUUUUCAUUUUUCUUAGUCGAAUGCAACAUGUUAUUGUCAGUGGCUCAAUUUGUCGAAAGAAUAAUAAACUAACUGAAAUACAGAGCGUAUCAUUCGACUCCCUUCCGUUGUCGAAUAAUGGUCAGGUCACCUUUCAUGCUUCCACAAAUAUAUUGUCAUCUUUUCAAACAAACGUUGAUGUCCUAGAUCCGGGUGGACAAUUGUUAAAAUAUCUAAGCCAGCUCCGUUUUUUUCAUAGGUAGCUAUUGCGAAAAAAAGUGAAUCUCUUCUGUUUUCUGGUGGUCAUUUUUUUCGAGUAAUUAUUUUCUUCCAGAUUCUUCAUCUAGGAAACAACGCAGUAGGAUUUCAUGAAGUGCCUUGGGCAUUUGGGCUGGUUAUGGAAUAGUCAAUGAUUUAAAACAUUAAAGCUCUUGGGUAAAAUGUGAUUGGUGUUUAUGAGUAUUUAAGUCAUUGGAAAAUCAACUAGGUCAAAGUUUUAAUGACCUGCUUGUAAUUUAUGAAAUAAACAGUGUAGUGGGUGAUUAGGCUAUGGUUUUCUUAAAAAGCUUAUGUCGUCGGCCCUUGUCAUUAGACCACUAUCUAGGAAUGCAUUUUCCGCCUUGACUCUCGAAUCUUUUGCUUCUCGGGUGGUGGCGAACAAUGCUUCCUGCUUCAGAAUUUUUGAAAAGUUAUGGAGGUUGAUGUGCGACUUAAACUUGGUGUUUACUUAGAGCGCUCCAUUUCAGGGUUUGGCCAAGGUGGAACGCUCAUUACGUAGUUUGAAUGGUUGAGGGGAUGAUAGUAGCAAGUGAUACUAGAAAACCAUUAAGCAAUAUUUACGUUCCUCAGUGAGUGAGAGCUUUGAGAGUGUACCAAUGUGUACGAAGAUUUAGCGUCUUGAUUUGUUAAUUUCUUAGGCCACAUUCGAAUAGUAAAAUCCAAUUAAAUAGUUGUAUUCUUAAUUUUAGUAGACAUACUUCAGAAAUACUUUUUGGAAUUCAUUACAUUUCUUUCCGAUUUAAGGGUGUGAGUUGUCUUAUAUUUUCUUUUUUAUGUUCAAUAUUUUCUCAACUUUUUUUCUUUGUAAACAGUAAACGGAUCAGUGGAUUUGACAUGGCUCCUCCUGCAACUGCGAUGGUAGCUGCUGUUACCCCCACAGGUACAUGUUCCCCAUACUGCGCAUCCUAUUUUUUGUCUGAAGAUCUUCAUUUCUUGUAGCUAGACGAAGGUUCAUAUGAAUUGCGUAGGGUUUUUUUGGUAAGCAACGCCAUCCAUUCUUCUAAUGAAAAUUACGUGCUGUCUAUCUUGAUAAAAAUGGUUUGGACGUCCUCAAUUACUUUUUCUUUUUUAUACUUUUAUUUAACAAUUAUUCUGAAACUGAGAGCCACUUUUGGUUGUUUUCUUGUUUUUGGUUGUUUGUUUGUCUUCUUUGUGUCUUUAUGUUGUUGAAAAAGGCAAUCUUGGGCCACUUGUCCCACUGUGCUGCCAAUGGGCCUGAGCCGACUACUGUAGCUUUUAUGUAGAAGGAGGAAUCAGUGCACCAGUUUGAUGGAUCUUGUUCGUCUUCAGCCGGCAACUAAUGUCUUUUUGGUAGUCUUACAAAUAUUUCCUCCAGUACUUGAUAAUAAUCUGCCAUUUUCACUUUGAUAAAUUCCUCCACAAGAGACGAGGGUGUGCCCCUCUGCAUGCGAGGGCAAACCGAUGAAGAUGAUCAUGCUCUCUUUUCCUUUGCUUCUCCCCAACCCUCUACAUUCCAUUUGGUAUCUUCAUUAAUGUGUCUCAUUUCCACAGGUCAGGUGCCAGCGAUCGCACCUACUAUUCCUGGAAUGUUCGCAAACCUCAUGUUGCCUGGGCAGGUAGGUGCUUUCAGAUGAUCUCUGGAGUUUCUUUCUUUAAUUCUCUGUCAUCACUUCUUUCAUCACUCAUAAGCGUUUAUGUGCCUCUUCAGUUCCCAGCCAUCCCUGUCGUGCCUGUCCAAGCAAUGACCCAACAGGUAUGUUUGACGAUACAUGGCAACAUCGUGGCUUCUGUCUGAUCACGAUCAUUGAUCACAAAGUGCGGCUUUUUUUUUUUCUUUUUCUUUCUUUUUUUUUGUAGGCAACUCGACAUGCGCGGCGGGUAUAUGUUGGCGGCCUUUCACCUACUGCCAAUGAACAGGUUUUCACAAUGGAAACUUAUUUAUUUAUCGCCACCUGCUCUUUUUCCAUUUUUCUUUCAAUCCUUGAGCGUUCUAUUCCCGUCGUCCUAAACCUGACCCAGUCCGUGCGAAGCGGAUUCUCUCUUCUCUUAUCAGUUCCAACUUCCAUUCCGUCAAGCUGAAUUCAUCACUCUUUAUUUGCCCAUUUUUGUGAGAUUUUUCAUCUACAUCUGAAUAUCUACUCCUUCUGUAAUGCUUGGCAUUUUACUGCCUGGAUCUUACCCUUUUUGCGGGCAAUAUUUGGUGCAGUCAGUGGCAACCUUCUUCAACCAGGUAAUGGCUGUUAUAGGAGGGAACACAGCUGGCCCUGGUUCGUGCUUAAAUCCCUGCCUUCAUUUAAUUAACGUUAUUCAUAUACUAAUUGAAUGCAUACUUUUAUCACAAUCCUUACCGAAAAGCCUGAUUAUUUACUCUGGCCAGGCGAUGCUGUCGUCAACGUGUAUAUAAACCACGAUAAGAAGUUCGCCUUUGUGGAAAUGAGGUCGGUUGAAGAGGCCAGCAAUGCCAUGGCAUUGGACGGCAUAAUCUUCGAGGUCUGUGACCAUACCAAAAAACUAUAUAUAUAUAUAAAUAUAUAUAUAGAUAGAUUUAACAUUUUCCAGUAUGUAUGUAUUCACUUGUUUUCACGAUUCCGCAGAGGGUUUUUUUUUUUUUUUUUUUCAAUUUCCUUGUCUAUUUAACAGGGAGCUCCGGUGAAGGUGAGGCGGCCCAGUGAUUACAACCCCUCCCUGGCGGCGGCGCUUGGACCCAGCCAGCCGAACCCGGAGCUGAACCUGGCCGCUGUGGGGCUCAGCCUGGGCGCCGCCGGCGCCCUCGAAGGGCCCGACCGCAUCUUCGUGGGUGGUCUCCCCUACUACUUCACCGAAUCACAGAUCAGAGAGCUGCUCGAAUCCUUUGGUCCCCUCAGGGGGUUCAAUCUGGUCAAGGACAGGGAGACGGGAAACUCCAAGGGUUACGCCUUCUGCGUUUACCAGGACCCUGCGGUGACCGACAUCGCCUGCGCCGCGUUGAAUGGCAUCAAGAUGGGAGACAAGACGCUGACCGUCAGGCGGGCCAUCCAGGGCGCCGCCCAGCCCCGGCCCGAGCAGGAAAGCAUUUUGCUCCAUGCCCAGCAGCAGGUCGCUCUGCAGGUGACUCCAAAGAAAAAAAAAGGAGAGAUUUUUCCGGGGGGAAAAAAACUCAAUUUUUUUAUUUUUGUUCGACUUCUUUCAGUUUCUAAUAUUGGGAAAACGCGGUCUUUGCAGAAGCAGCUCAUGUUCAACCCGGGGGCUCUCCCCACCAAGGUCUUGUGUCUGACCCAGGUGGUUUCUGCCGACGAGCUGAGGGAUGACGAGGAGUAUGAAGACAUCCUCGAAGACAUGAAGACCGAAGGAGCGAAAUACGGUACUCAAAAAAAUAUUCUUUCAUGCUUAAUGUUUCCAUAAAUUAUAUAUAUAUAUAUCCUGGGAGGGCAAGAGGAAGGAUCUCUGAGUGCUUGAGAAAUUUUUCUCUGAACGGCUUUCUAAACGACUUGGGACGCAGGGACGCUGCUGAACGUGGUCAUUCCCCGGCCACGUCCCGACGGUGACACCGUUCCUGGAGUUGGAAAGGUAAAAAUCACAGAGAUUCACCAGCUCUCUCUCUCUCUCUCUCUCUCUCUCUCUCUCUCUCUCUCUCUCUCCAUAUUGCCAUCAAUGGCAAGGAGGGUUUAUUUCCGAAUUCCCCGUCCCUAAUUAAUCCUGAAAAGAUUUAGCUGCUUCCUCAUGAAUGUUGCCCUCCGUGAUCUACCGAGGUUUCCUGAGACUUGACCUGCUCCGGCGGCGCUGGCAGGUGUUCUUGGAGUACGCUGACGUGGACGGCUCCUCCAGAGGUCGGAUGGGCCUGAACGGGAGGAAAUUCGGCGGGAACCAGGUCUCCGCAGUGUACUACCCGGAGACCAAGUUUUCCCAGGGAGACUACGAUGGCUGA